CUGUAAACAUGGCCGCUUUCGUCAGGCUUUGCUACACGUGCAGUGCAAAAAAGGCGUCUAGUAUCUCUCAAGGAAAUUGUAUUUUAUCCAGACGGUUGGCGACGACGGUAAAUUAUGGAGCUGCGAAGAGUAGAAACUUUGGACACUGUCAGUGCAAGCUGUAUAGUGCUGAGAAACCCGUCAAUGGAUUACAUCAGACAAGGUCGCAAAGUUUGCUCAGUCACUGUGAACAACGUACUGGGCAUUCUCGGACAUUGAGCACUUGUGGAAAUCAAUAAUAUUACAAAUAGUGCUAAUAUAUCUAAUUUUAUGAAAUUCAACACUUCAGCAUUGAAUCUGAACAGUCGGGUUAGUCGGGCAUUACUGGGGCAGAGUCGACUUGUUUCUGCUACGGUUUCUUCAAGAUAUUUUUCGAGUAGUUCUGAUAAAGGUGACGGAAACGAAGAUGGACAGCCUGCUGAGGAGGAAUCGCCGACGCCGCAUGUGCAGCCAGAGCCAUUUCCAAUGGGAGCUCUUACCACCUUGGCAGUUCCAGAGAUUUUCCCCAAAGUGCCUGUUAUUGCAAUCAGCAGAAAUCCAGUUUUUCCAAGAUUUGUUAAGAUGAUAGAAGUUGGUGACAAAACUUUGAUGGAUCUGCUGAGAAGGAAAGUGAGACUCAAUCAACCAUAUGCUGGAGUGUUCUUGAAAAAAGAUGACAGUAACGAGAGCGAUGUUGUCUCCCGCCUUGAUGACAUCUAGGACGUGGGAACCUUCGUCCAGAUUACUGAGAUGCAGGACCUCGGAGACAAGCUGAGGAUGAUUGUCAUGGCGCACCGCAGGAUUCGGAUUACUGGACUUCUGUCAGAGGAAGCUGAAGUGCAAGUUGAGGCCAGUGAACCAGACAACAAUAACAGUAACAAGAAGAAGCGACGAAGGCGACGUAAUGGCCGAAAUGGUGUUGAGGAGAUGGUGAAGUCAGUGGGACCAGAAGCAGGGGAGUCGUCUCCCUUGUUGGAUAAUGCCGCAGAGCAGAUGCUUAGCCCGACACCUGUGCCGCCUGUAUCUCAAGUCCUGAUGGUGGAUGUUGAGAACCUUCAGCAUGAACCGUUUACCAGUGACGAUGAGAUAAAGGCGCUGACAUCUGAAGUUGUGAAGACGAUCCGAGACAUCAUAGCUAUGAAUCCUCUGUACAGGGAGAAUCUGGCCCAGAUCAUCCAGGCUGGACAGAGAGUGAUCGACAAUCCAGUUUACAUCAGUGAUUUAGGUGCUGCUCUGACCGCUGGGGAGGCACAGGAACUGCAGAAGGUCCUGGAGGAGACAAACGUACCAAAGAGACUGAUGUUGGCGCUGUCAUUGUUGAAGAAGGAGUAUGAACUCAGCAAGCUCCAGCAGAGGAUUGGUAAAGAGGUGGAGGAGAAGGUGAAGAAGCAGCACCGUGAGUACAUCCUGCGGGAGCAGCUGAAGAUCAUCAAGAAGGAGUUGGGCAUUGAGAAGGAUGACAAGGAUGCCAUUGAAGAGAAGUUCCUCGCCAGACUAAAGGACCUCACUGUACCAAAGCAUGUGCAGGAAGUUAUAGACGAGGAGCUCACCAAGCUGUCCCUGCUAGACAACCACUCAUCAGAGUUCAACGUGACCCGCAACUACCUGGACUGGCUGACCAACAUGCCGUGGGGGAAGUACACAGUGGAGAACAUGGACCUGGACAAAGCUAACACAGUACUGGAGGAGGACCACUACGGCAUGGACGAUGUCAAGAAACGCAUCCUGGAAUUCAUCGCUGUAAGUCAGCUGAAGGGGUCGGUGCAAGGCAAGAUUCUCUGCUUCUAUGGGCCGCCUGGAGUAGGCAAAACCAGCAUUGCCAAGUCUAUUGCCAGGGCACUCAACAGAGAGUAUUUCCGAUUCAGCGUUGGUGGCAUGACUGAUGUAGCUGAGAUCAAAGGGCACAGGCGGACAUAUGUUGGUGCCAUGCCAGGGAAGGUCAUACAGUGCCUGAAGAAAACCAAAGCAGAAAAUCCCCUUGUUCUCAUUGAUGAGGUGGACAAAAUCGGCAAGGGUUACCAAGGUGACCCAUCAUCAGCUCUCCUGGAGUUACUGGACCCAGAACAAAAUGCCAACUUUCUCGAUCACUACCUGGACGUCCCCAUUGACUUGUCAAAGGUACUGUUCAUCUGCACUGCUAACAUCACCGACACAAUCCCGGAACCACUGAGAGACCGGAUGGAGAUGAUAGACGUGUCAGGAUAUGUGGCUGAGGAGAAAGUGGCCAUUGCUGAUAAAUACCUGAUUCCACAAGCCCAAGACCACUCAGGGGUUCAAGAGGACAACAUUGACAUCAGUGAUGAUGCCAUCAAGACACUCAUCAAGUCCUACUGUAGGGAAAGUGGAGUGCGCAACCUCCAGAAGCACAUAGAGAAGAUCUAUCGCAAGGCUGCGUACAAGAUGGUGAGGGAGAAAGUGGACAACAUUCAUGUAGAUGUGGACAACCUCCAGGACUAUGUGGGCAAACCGAUCUUCACCACCGACCGCAUGUACGAGGAAACACCCCCAGGGGUAGUAAUGGGCCUUGCCUGGACUUCCAUGGGUGGCUCCACGCUGUACAUUGAGACGGUCAACAAGAAACCUAUCUCACCGGACUCCACUGACGCGGGAUCCCUGGAGGUCACAGGUCACCUGGGUACUGUGAUGAAGGAAAGUGUCAACUUGGCAUAUACCUAUGCCAAGUCCUUCCUGACAGAAUACAACCCAGAUAACUCCUAUCUGCAGAAAGCUAACGCGCAUCUGCAUGUGCCAGAGGGAGCGACUCCGAAGGAUGGUCCAAGUGCUGGUUGCACUAUCACCACAGCGCUGCUGUCAUUAGCUCUAGACCGCCCUGUUCGACAGAACAUGGCUAUGACAGGGGAGGUGUCUCUCACAGGGAAAGUUCUGCCAGUCGGGGGAAUCAAGGAGAAGACAAUAGCUGCCAAGAGAGUGGGAGUAGAUUGCAUUAUCUUGCCUGCUGAGAACAAGAAGGACUUCUCAGAUCUUCCUGACUACAUCACCGAGGGUCUUGAGGUCCAUUUUGUCAACCAUUAUAAGGAGGUGUUCAGUAUUGUAUUCCCUGAUGUGUGAUGUCAUCUGUGUGUGUGUGAUGUCAUCUGUGUGCGUGUGAUGUCAUCUGUGUAUGUGUGAUGUCAUCUGUGUAUGUGUGAUGUCAUCCUUGAAUAACCAGUGUAUUAUGAAAACUGUGGACCGAUUCUGUUUUGAGUAAGAAGUACAUUCAGGUGUGAGUUGAUUCUGUGGAAACGGCCAAAAUAUAGAUGGGGAUUUCCCAGAUGAAGCUAUGGAAGAGGAUGAAUCCAGGGUAUUUAUUAUGACAGAAUGAUGACAUGAUACCCUGUAUAAAAGAAGAUGGUACAAUGCCAGUUACCUGUGUAUGUUUGAUUCUAGCUCUGUGCGUAUGUUUAAUGGCUGUGAAUGGUUGACUUACCUGGAUUUAUAGAUCUAACAUUUGCUUGAGUCGGAUGACUUGAUUACAAUUGGUACUAACCCAGAUUUGAAUACAAGCAAUAUCUGUUUGGUUUGAAAUUCUGUUUUAGUGUUUCUCAGUCAGUUCUUAGAUAUUAUUUUCCUUGGAUUAUUGCUUGAGGAAGUGACCAGAUUUAAAGAGCUGUGGCCUAUUUUACGAGAGCUUCCUGGUUUCUCAGACCACUUCUGCCAUUUUGCCAUUUUAGAUUUCUUUUGAUAUGUUUUGGUACUUCCGUAGUGUCGAAACAGUGCUAUUGAAAUAACAAAACUAUCUUGAGAAUUUUUAGAUUUAUAUUCAGAUCCAAAUUACGAUUGUUGUUAUUAAUCAGAGUAUGAUGAGAUUUUAUCGCAUAUGGACCCAGUUGAUGGAGAUGGCAAUGUGAUUUCUGUAACUAUAACAUAAUCAGAAUCGUGACAGGAAUAUUGUGUUGUGAGGUGUCUGGUUUUGUAAAGUCCAUAUAAAAGCUCCAUAUACACAGCUAUACAUCUUUUCAGGUUAGGAUAUCGCAUAUGAUGAAAAUGUGCUGUUCAAUUGAUAACUCAAAUCCUAUCCUUAUUCUGUACACAUGAUUUCACUCACUGGAACUGACGGUUACUAUUUGAUGAAAAGUGAAAGCUCUAUAUCAUACCAAAUAAAAUAGCAAGGUUAUCCAUGCAUGACACUCUACAUGGUCACUGCUUGUGUGCUACAAGUCAGAAUGAAUACACAAUGCCAUUUAGAAAGUGGUCAAAUGUAACAUACGUUAUAUUUGGGAUUAUACCUAUGACUUAGCCACUAUGACUGAGCAGGUUUGGCAGCUGACUUAGUGUGCUGGCGAUUAGGUGCCUGACUCUGGGGGUGUGGGUUCGAAUCCCAGAUGGGACUCAACCCAACAAAAGUACUAGAAUCUUUACUUUACUGAGAAAGUGUAAUCCCAAAUAUAACAUCUGUUAAAGUCAGCAUGAGCAUUGAAUUAUCUUGAUAGCACAUUCAUUCUGUUUACUACAAACAUGAGAUGGACAACUUUUAUUUCAAAUAAGAAUGGAGCCAGAAAGACAGUUUGAAAGGGAACAUCCAAAAA